CUUAUACUAUAUAAUUUUCUUUCUUAAGUUUCCGUUUAGUUACAGCCCUGAUAACUGCAACUCCUUGGUAACAUUCCUACUCGCUGAGUCAUAGCAAACAUAACCCUCAACGCUCCAGAAUUUAAUAGCAAAAACAAUCUUGCUCUGGGAAGACUGGAAUUCUUUGCUUCAGCUAAGACGAUUUAACAACUGUCAGUUCUGCCCAGAGGGUAAAGGAAUGAAAUAGCAGAGCUUCUCAAGAGCUGGCCAUAAGCUGUAAAACAAUUACAUCUAAAGUUUCCUCAGAAUGAAGAUACUGAUAUUGUUUACUUUUAUCCUUGCAAAUGGGUUGAUUAUGGGCAUUGACACUUCGACUCUACAGAGUUGUUUGCAAGAGCAGCUGAGGCUCCAGGCUCAGGUGAGACUUCUGGAACAUCGUGUAAAGCAGCAGCAGGUAAAAAUUGUGCAGCUCUUACAGGAGAGGGAGAUUCAAUACAGUGACAGGGGAGAUGAAAACAGUGUCAUUGACCUGGGAGAAAAAAGACAGUAUGCAGAUUGUGCUGAGAUUUACAAUGAUGGACAUAAGGAAAGUGGAUUUUACAAGAUGAAACCUCUUCAGAGUCCUAGUGAAUUCCUUGCCUACUGUGACAUGUCAGAAGGUGGAGGCUGGACUGUUUUUCAGAGACGUUCUGAUGGCAGCCAGAACUUCGAUAGAGUAUGGGCUGACUAUGAACAAGGUUUUGGAAAUUUUGUCUUGAGAAACGGUGAAUACUGGCUUGGAAAUAAAAAUCUUCACUAUCUGACCAGUCAAGGAAACUAUACUUUAAGAAUUGAUCUAAUUGAUUUUGAAGAAGAACGGCGCUUUGCACAGUAUACAAACUUCAGAGUUGCAGAUGGAGAGAGUUCAUACUGGAUGACUUGUGGUGAAUACUCAGGCACAGCUGGAGACUCCUUUACUGGGGGGUUUCACCCUGAAGUGAAAUGGUGGGCUGAUCACCGGGGAAUGAAAUUCAGUACACGAGACAGAGAUAAUGACAACUAUGAAGGGAACUGUGCUGAAGAGGAUAAAUCUGGCUGGUGGUUUAACAGGUGUCACUCUGCCAACUUGAAUGGUGUGUACUACAAAGGACCUUAUACUGCAAAAACAGACAAUGGAAUUAUUUGGUACACAUGGCGUGGGUGGUGGUAUUCUCUGAAAUCUGUUGUCAUGAAGGUCAGACCAGCUGACUUUGAGCCCAAUGUUGUUUAAGUAUUUAGUUAAGAUGAUUUAUCCAGUUAAUCUUUUAGCAAAUUAAGUCAACAGGCAGUUUUUUUUCUGAUUUAAAGCUGAGGUAAUUUCAUCGAAAUCAGUGUUAUUUAGAUGCAAAUGAGAGCAGAAUCUGGCUGUAAGUCUGCAGAUACAAAGACUGGCAUUAAUACGCAUAUGGGGUUUUUAAUAAGGCAGGGCAAAUGUUCAUCCAGGGUUCAUGGCAGCUUCCACUGAUGUAGAAUUUGAAAGGUCGCAACAAUUUCAUCUCCUGAGAGGCACAAUGAGACCAUGACAUCAGGAGUGCUCAGGGAGGAGACGUCUUCCUAUAAUAACUUGCUAGUGAAGUGAGGAUGUUGUUGGAAAACACAGUAGGAUUCAAAACUGCUCACAAUGGCAGAACUGCUGAAGGAUGGCAGGAGUAGAACCACCACCUACCUGCACAUUCUGAGGACAUGAGAGAUCAGGCUGGUACCAGAUGUCCAGCUUGUAUUUUCUUGUGCCAGCAGGAAUGCCAAUGGCGGUGUGCAGGGUGAUUUGGCUCAUGCUCUUUAGGAUUUUUUCACUUGAG